GCCCACCUAUUGAACAACGCCGCUCCUUUUCUGCUAGAAAACUCGAAUUGACGGAUCUUGCGCCUCCUACCUUGGAAUUGGAUGCUCGAUAGUCGGAGAAUCAGAGGAGGGAGAGAGAAACAGAGACAUAGGAGCCAGGCAUGUCGUUUAUGAAAGGAGAUUUGCUAUCGAGAACGAGAACACUCGUCAAGGGUUUGGCCAAGGCCGAACCUGCCUGGCUCAAAGCUAUGGAACUGUCACCCCCUGCAACAUUUCCCCGCGUUGACGGGAAGGUUAAAAAAAUCAGUCUCCCUGAGGAUCCUUACAUUAAAAAGUUCUUUAAGAGACAUCCAGAUUCAAAGCAUGAAGAUGCUAUCAAGAUUUGUGGUUUUGAGCCCCCUCCUGCCCGAGUAUUUGGUUUGCGAGUUCUUCAUUUAAAGGAGCAGGGAGUUAAUGAAGAAGAAGCCAUGGCUAUAGCUGAUAUGGAAUAUCGGGCAGAGAAAAGGGCCAAAACGAAAGCAUAUAAACGAUUGAAACAAAUUGCCCGUCUUCAAGGAAAGAGGCCUCCUCCCAAUCCAUACCCCAGUGCAAUCAAGGAGAUACAAGCAGAGGAAAAGAAGUAUGUUCGUGACCGGUUCUUCAAUCCUAGGAUACGCCAGAUUGUACAGCAGCUAAAAGAGGAGAGGGAUGCUCAAAGGCAAGACAGGUUUGGCGGGGGGAGGUGGUAAUUUAGGAUGAAUGAUAUUUCAAGCAUUGGACUUUCUUUAUCUUUCAGAACCUGAAUUUCAAUAAUUAGUUUGGCUAGUAAGUAACUACUUCAGAUCAUUUUGGGCUUUAUGCUGAAGUCAAUAAUGUGUGGGAAACAUUAGACCUAGCGGGCUAGAUUUGAUUUUGAUAUAUUUUCUCCAGUUCUGUACGGCUGUCAAAACUUGGUCGAGAAUUAACGUGAUGGCGUUAAAUUAGUUAUGGAUGGAAAUUUAACAGUUCCAUUAACAUGUUGAGCUUA